AUGUCUUUGCCUCUUCCGCCAGUGCCAACUUUCUCUGUCCUUUGCCCAUGUGCUGCAGGAAUGGGUGACCGUGCGAAUGUGGGCAUGGUCUUGAGUGGUGUGGACCAUGGGAUGUUGUUGUCAAAACUGGAAGACACAGAGUUGGAGAUAUCUGAGGGUGUGGCAGCAGUCCUGAGGGAGUAUCAGGCGCAACACUCCUGGGUGUUCUACAUGACUGAGAGGGAUCCUUUUGCACCGAUGUUCCAGAUGCAGGACGUGUUCCCCAACACAGACGCCUGCGACCGAAUGCGGAAGUUGCAGUCUGCAGCUGUGUGGACAAGCAAGAACAGGGUCCAGGGCAAUGUUCGCACAAAG